GAAUUUAAAAGAAUAGGUUUUUUUCUCUUGUUGUUUGACUUUUUGUUGUUAAAUUAGAAGUAAAAAUGACUAAGGCUUCAUUCUUUACGAAUUGAUGGUGGAAUACUUUUUGUUUUUGUUUCAUUUCUCUAUCUACAGUACAACUUUUUUUGCUGGGGGUAUAACUUUCUUUAUACUUCUUUUAGUUGGUUGUGUAUUUUGUGAAUUAUAUUCCGGCGUACCAUUAUGGCCUGGAAAAUCGGACGUUGAUCAAUUAUAUUUAAUUCGUAAAACGCUCGGUAAUUUAAUUGAUAAACACAUAAGCAUAUUAAAAAGUAAUCCACAUUAUAAAAAUGUUCAUAUUCCCGAUCCGGUUGUCAUUGAACCAUUAGAACAAAAAUUUCCCUAUGUAUCUGAACGUUCAUUAGAUUUUAUGAAAAGUUGUCUUGUGAUGGAUCCUGAAAAACGUUUUACAUGUGCACAAUUAUUACAACAUCCGUAUUUUGAUGGAUUUAGUAACGAAUUUGAACGUGAAAAAAAA